AUGUCUCAGCCGAAACCUCGCAUCCUCUUCUUCAAUCCUGUCCGCCAUGCAUUGGAUGAGUAUGAGGCUCUGAAAUUGGUAGCCAACCCCGAAGUGGUCACCAGCAUUUCCCGGGCUGGGUUCUUCAAUGACUUGCGCACUAAGUAUCAUGACAUUGAAGCCAUCUUCAGAACGUCUUCUAGUGGAGCUGUUGCAGGAAAGUUUGACGAGGAAUUCGUGAACCAACUGCCUGUGUCUUUGAAGUACAUCUGCCACACUGGCGCCGGAUACGAUCAGAUCGACAUUGAUGCCUGCACACGGCGCAACAUCUUCGUCACCUUUGCGCCUGACCCGGUGACGAAUGCCACCGCUGAUCUGACAAUCUUCCUUCUCCUCGGAGCCAUCCGUCAGUUAAACCCCUCUUUCAACAGUUUACGGAGCGGGAAUUUCAAGAAGGGCCUCGACUUUGGGCAUGACCCUCAGGGCAAGACCAUGGGGAUUCUCGGCAUGGGUCGCAUUGGUCGGGCAGUAAAGCGCCGUGCCGAGCCAUUUGGUCUCAAGACAAUCUACCACAACCGGAAGCCGCUGUCAUAUGAUCUCGCUUCAGGCUGUCCGUAUGUUUCCCUCGAUGAGCUUCUCAGCACCAGCGAUAUCAUCUCCGUCCAUGUCCCGCUGUCAGCCGGUACUACGCACUUGAUUGGAGCUGCAGAGAUUGCCAAGAUGAAGCCCGGCGUAGUCAUAGUCAAUACUGCCCGUGGCGCUAUAAUUGACGAGGCAGCCAUGGCCACCGCCUUGGAUGAGGGGCAUAUCGCUGCGGUUGGGCUAGAUGUCUACGAAAAGGAGCCACUGGUCGACGAGCGGCUUGUCAAGAACGACCGAGCAUUGCUUGUGCCUCAUCUGGGAACCUACACCGUUGAGACACUCGGUCAGAUGGAGUUGUUAGCGAUGGAGAACGCCCGGCGUGGAGUGUGCGGGGAGAGGUUGUUGACGAUAGUUCCUGAGCAGACCAAGGCCUAUGAGCAGUCUGCAUAG